AUAAAUCAGCAUUAUCUUCCAAGUCGCCAUAGUAUGUACUAGUGCACAGUGAGUUAUUUCGCAAAAAAUGCGAAUCAAUUAUUUCAAGGUUUAAAAUGGAUCCUUGUGGGUGGGGGAGCAUAAAAAGUAAAACGUUUGUUACUAAAAGUUAUAGUUCAUCUGUCACAAUCCGGGGACAAUUUGCCACCGGGAGGUGACAUGCAUAUAUUAAAAUGCCCAUAUAUCGUUACCUAGCAUUGUCAAAGCAACAUAUCUGUGCACAAACUCUAAUCCAUUCGCGGUGUUGGCAUUGUUACAACGGUAUGUUGAGUUAACACCGCGACGGUGUGUAACAUAAUUGCCACCACGUUGUGUCAAUUUGACACCAAACCGGUAGAGUCAUAUAUAGACACCGGUUUGGUGUCAAUUCGGUGUCGUUUUUUCUGUGAGUGUACCAGAUUUCGAAGUGCGUGUGAACGUUAUUUUAACUCGAAAGGAAAAAAUAAUGUUGAAUAGCUGUAAGUAGUAAAUAAAUGAUAUUGUAAAUCUAAAGCCAGUUAAAUUAGGUGCCCGUGUCUUCGAUUAAUAUAUGAGCGUGUGUGAAAAGGGUACCUGCAUUACUAAAAACAUGGCAACCGUGACCGUUCCGCGCGUCAUUAAAGUCGUCACCACGUGACGAAAUGUUAUUUUAACACGGAAAUUUUGUCACAUCAUUGGGCUGGUAUUAAAAACUGCGUCUAAUGUAUGUAGUAGUUAUGCUGGGAGCUCAAGGCACCAAAAAGGUUUCCCUCGUUAGCUUUUGAGAACGUUAUCAAAUCACACGUUAGGCAUGGUACAGAACAGAUAGGAUUGGGGUAAAACUGUCUUCGAACAAGACUACUUUCAUGGUACCUAAAUGCCGUGUAAGGGGAUAUCAUUAAGUUUUCGCACUUCAACUUCCAUGUAACAGAUGCGACCAGACUGGCAAAGAUGACUUAAGGUCGUGCAGACUUUUCUGUGUUGUUAUAUCCAUGCCUCGUUAGUUGAUUAAACAGUCAGGCAGCCACACAUGCAUAGUACUUUCCAUUACAUGCGGGUACAAAUCUGCUGAGUUAUGUGAAUGAGUGAUAAGCCCAAUGGUAUGUAGAUAGAUAACGUCACCCACAACUACAUACGUGGUUGAUUACAAGUAGUGUUCUCAAGGUUGGACCGAUAUCUUUGUCGGUGUGCCUAGCCGACAAAGAUAUCGGUCCAACCUUGAGAACAAUAAUUACAAGUCAGAACGCAGUCAUUGAUUCGCUGAAAUAUUUAACGGCGAUUAGAUUUACUAUUGGUAUUGAGUCACUGAUAAACCCUUCAUAUAGAUAUAUGCAUACUUUCACAAAAGCUGAUUUUCAACGAGUAGUACAUAAUUAUAAGUAAGUUUAAUACCCAGUGGAAAUAUUUGAUAUUUUUUUAGCAAUCUUUUUCAAAAUUACAAGAAAUUGCUGUUCACAAAUUGUGUAAUACCCCGCGGUGUUGAUUAUGUUGGGAAAAGUUUGAAGUCUCGAUAUAAAAUUCCGACUGAGGUGUAUUUGUUACUAGAUAGGAUCACCUGAAGAAUACGUGUUAAUCAAUUCAAUUUUAAAAUUUAAGUUUCCAGGUUUGUUAUCAACAUCAUGUACGUUUGUAAAAUUGUUUGUCAAAAUUCAUAGAAUAAGUAAGCUACACCGUUACCCUUUCAGAUGGUAGAGUCACGUGCUCCCCGAGAUUUGGGGGACUUUCUGAACUGCACGAUUUGUUUGGAUGAGCCAGCCUCGCCAAUCCACAGCUGCGCCAAUGGUCACAUAAUUUGCGGCAUUUGUGUCGAAAAAGUAAAAAAGUGUGGCCUGUGUCAGGCGGAUUUGAAGAUGUCUGACCUUGCGGAACGACUUUCUCGACAGUUUGACUUCAAAUUGACAUGUGGGAACGAAAAUGAGGGUUGCAAAGAAAUCGUAGCUGCUGCUGAGAUGAAAACACAUCUCAAAAAUUGUUAUUACCGCGAAAUAAUUUGCACCGAGUUUAAAAAUGAAGUCUGUGGGAAAGCUGAGGUCGCCAUGUCCGAUUACGCCAAGCAUUUACAAGAUCGCCACAAGUGUAUCGGGGGCACCAGAAAUUUCACGUUGAUGUUGACGGAUGGGAAUAUUGUCCACGAAGCUGGAGCAUUAUUUCCAAUCGGAAUUCUUGAAAAGGAUGGGAAAGUGUUUCUGCAACUCAGCCAUAUUGGUGAAGAUGCUUCAGUUUACUUUUGGAUGACCGUGUUGGGUAGUAAGGAAACCGCGGAGGAAUACAUGUUUGACUUUGAACACACGAAGGCGGGAAGAAGAAGGCCCCGUUCUAGACAAUUUGGCGCCCUAGGCAAAGCUUUAAUGGCGCCCCCAUGGCCCUACGUACUCGCAUCGUCAGAGCUUGCAAGCACUUUUACUAUUGCAUAGGAAAAAUUUUCGUGGGACGGAAAAUUUCUCGCUCUAUGAGUUCAAAGCGUUCCGUUCGUAUUCCGUACGUAAAGGCCAAAGUACGUAUUUUGUAUUUCGUAUUUCUGUCUCCGUUCCAUGGAGAUUUUUACUCCGCAAUACGUCAAACAAUAUAACCGUACACAAAUUGCAAUGUGCAUUCAUUUGCACAAAUCAGCAAUUUUUCAAUAAAUUCAAUUACAAAUUUUUAAUCCUGACGAAAAUAAAUGAAUAUUGCUAUGGCACAGAAACCACGUAAAGAUUUCUCACUUGCUUAGUAAAAAUUAAAAUCAUACCACCAACGGAGAGAUGUAAGGUGGUUAUCCCGGAUUUUGACGGGACAAUUGUAAAAAUAUGCAUGCUUAGAAAUAAGCGGACGCAUACAUAAAGUACAUAAGUUUAGAUAAUUUUCGUUUUCUAUUUAGAAUGCGCGUGUUUUCGAAUGUGGUGGAACUUUUUAAUAAAUUUGCAGCCAAAAUGUGGAUUUUCGAAUCGAAUUUAAACACUAUUUCAAAAAUUAAGCACAUUGUUUGCUCAUUACCUGAGAUUAUAAAAAUUCAUUUUUAAAUACUUUUAAACUUUAAGACUUUCAUGCUACGAGAAUUUUUUAAUCGGCAAAGAUGCAAAACGUUAUUUUUUUUACAUUACAUUUACGUUCUCUUUAAAUAAAGCUUUAUAAUUUCAGGAAAUCCUAAUUUUGCAGAUCUGGUUAAAUUCGAAAAGUGAUACCAUUGAAUAUCUGUAAUCCAGAUUUUGGAUGAAAAUGUACACAAAUUCCUUUCCGGGCAUUAAAGCCAACGUAAAAGUACGAGCCAGUUUAUUUCUGACUGUGAAUAAUUUAAAAUUGGUCUAGUCAAAAUCGGAGGUAACCAUCUCACACUUGUACAUUGUAAAUAAGUGUAACGAAGAAUUUGCCGUAUGCAGAAAUUAAACUGGGAGUAUUUUCAAACACAAAUUUGUGAACAAUGAGCGUACUCACAUCAACCUUCGCAUAUCUCGCAUAUCUCGCAAAUUGAGCAUAGCAACAUAACUUGCGAAGUCUUGCGAGAUAUGCGAGAUUUCGCAAAAAUUUUGCUGGAAAACCAUGGGAUUUUUUUCGCAAGUUAACCCAGCAGUUGGGCAUGUACUUAUUUCGCAAAAUUAUUUCGCAAACUCAUCCUCACCAUCUUCAGUAAGGGAAGUUACAGAAAUCCAUGGAAACAAUGCCAAAACUACUAUUUUUCACUAGAUUUGCGAAAUUAGAGAUAUUUGCGAAGUCGUAUUUUGCGAAUCCCCUCACAACAGAAAUAUUUCGAUCUUCAUAAGUUUGCAAAAUGAGUUGCGCUGCGAAAUAAAAAGUUGUCGUGAGUACGCCCAAUACUUACAAAUAAAGUUUUUUUUUCACUUAUUUCAGAAGAGUUAAGCCUCUUAAAUGCCCUCUUCCAGGACAAAUUCUGACAUUUCAAAACCCGUUUUUAUCUAGUGUAUACGGGCGCCUGCCGGCGCCCCCCAGCAAGUUGGCGCCCUAGGCGGUUGCCUAGCUCGCCUAUACCUAAAACGGGGCCUGCAAAUCAUAAACGUAAACAUUUCACAGGUCGUAGCCACGUGGUCAAUUCCAGUUGUUGCAUUUCAUGACCGACCAAAAUACAUGGAACAUUCAGCAUUCUACGUCAUCAUUCCGGCCAAAAUGGCAAAAGAAUUUGGUACUCCGGUCCAAGAAGAGGGCGAAUCUAAGCUUCGUCUUGAAACUACGUACCGAAUUGUGUAGAAAAUUUACCUGGUCGUAAAUAAUAUGUAAUAUUCGGUCGACAAAGGAUAAAGAGAUUUUUUAAAUUUUAAUCGCCGAAACUUAAUUGAAAAGUUUUGUACGGUUUACUUACCGACUUUAAAUAUUUGAAUAUACAUACAUACAUACUUAAUAAAAUAAAUAUGUAUUCAUAAACUAUGCACCAUAA